UCAGAAUCAUUAUCAGCGAGAAGAGGACAAAACCGCUCAAUAUACAUUUUGGUAAUUUUGCAAAGGAAUAUCAUGAUGACCUCAAACGGUUCGAUAUUAAAGCUAUUCGUAGUCGUCUUCAUUCUCGUCAUCAUUGACGUCGGGGAUUGUGAACAUUUUCGGGGUGGAUCGAUGUCAUGGAGAGCUACGCCAAAUGGGAAUGUUGAGAUCACGUACCGGCUCGCCUGGAAGGCAGAUACCGAUGAGGGCGACCACAACUGCACCUUCGACAGGGUCUCUGCGAACACACUGCUGAACGGUGAUCGAGGAGGAAUUCGAAUCCAGUACCCCAAUGUCACCAGAGAUAUCGGUUAUGAUCGGCACCGUUUGGACUACUAUUGCACUGCAAGACACGAGGCGGCUGGCUACCCGGUAAGCCUGGACCGAAGCUGGGUGAUGGGUGAAAACAAGAAGAUUAUCGCACCUCCGCCAGAUGGACGUCUAGACUUUGAUCUCUUAUGGGACUCGUGUUGCUGGGUCCAUAGUCUGCUGAACUAUGAACCUCCAAAGAACUGGGACUUCGUCAUGUCGGUCAACCUGUCUGUCAGGGCGGACACGGGGGCAAUCAACCACGCCCCUAUCACCACCGGACUACCCGUCCAGAGGGUCAAUAGGGGUUGCGCAAACGCCGUUCUAAACAUACCAACUUACGAUGCGGACGGCGAUGACGUAAGAUGUCGAUGGAUUGACGGUGAAAGAGGCGAGUGUAGGAGCAAUUGCAAUGUUCGCCGCGUCUGGCCUAUUUCAAAAUGGCGUCUACAGAAUCGAGAACUCGGCUGCCGCCUCAUACUCCCCAACCCCGGUGCCAUGGAAGUCGGCUGGUACGCCGUGGCCAUCAUGAUCGAAGACUCCAGCAACGGCGUCGUCCACAGUAAGGUCCCCUUCCAGCUCAUGCUGGAGGUCACUGGGGACAUGACCUGUUCCAAGCCCGUCAUCCUCGGCCCGUCGACGGGCUCCUGUUGGAUCCUCCGGGUCGGGCAGACGUUCAGAUUUAACGUCACCGCACAGACGACAAACAAUGCAACAAGGAUCCGACAAAUCGCCACGACCAGCGUGCGUGGAAUGCAGAGGAGCCCUCUACGCCAGGUUCCAGGAAACCCAUUGCAGGCUUACGUCACAAUGUCAUGGACACCGGAAGAGAAUGACAGGGGUGUGUCUCUCUUCUGCUUCCAGCCAGAAGAUACUACCGGGUUGCAAGGAAGUCAAGGAUGUAUUGACAUUUCAGUGGGAGAUGAGAGUGCUCCGACACCGAGUCCUCUCUUCUCCUAUCCGGGUGACGGCAUGGCAGUCCGUCCCGAGGGGACAGCUUUUGAGAUUGUCUUUGAUGAUCUGAUAGCCCGCCCCAAUCUGAUAUCCGAGAUCCGAAUCCUUCGGGCCGACGACCACUCGACCCUGGUCCACUCCGUCAAGGUCGAAACCGAACCGGGCGACGGCCUCAUCUACGACUACAACGCCAUCUUGUUUAGCGUCCCCGAUGGUCUGCUUCACGAAGGCACCAACUACACCCUCAGCCUGCCCGAAGGUCUGGCGAGGGGAUUCAGCACCUGCGAGCCCUGGUCAAAACCGGCCGCCUGGGACUUCUACAUAGGCACAGACUCGAAAGGGAUCACGCGUCCUCCAACCGACCGGUUCCUUCCGCGUCCGCAAUGUUUCGGGACUUUCAUGCAGAUCUUCGUUCCGAAGACAAUGGUCCCAUUUGAAGACCCGAACAACAUGCACUUCAAUGAACCAACUUGUGUCGGGCAGGAACACAAUGGGACCCAUUUUGUAAUGGGGACCCACUACCAGUAUUGUGGAACCCAAAUCGAUGCGGGACGUGGAAAAUCAAUAAUAUCCAACACAAUUCGGAUAGCCCCAUUGACGGUUCUUGGACACCCGUCGGUUACCCGGCACAAUGCCAUGGCAAUCAACGUGAUCUGCGAAAUGGAUAAGGAUAAGAUAACGUUUGUCGAGUUCGACGCGGAUCUACCGGCGGUGGUCUUUAACCGAACCGGCCAUGGUACUUUCAAUUUUUCCAUGAAGAUGUACGAGGAUGAAACCUAUUUCCGAAAAUAUGUAUACACCGACUACCCACUCGAAGUCACGCUUGAGGACAGAUUGUUCUUUGAAGCUAAGGUCAUCCUGGAUGCCCCUCAGACCAACACGUUGCCAGGGCAACGCAUCUUCUUGAAAUCUUGCGAAGCCACGCCUACUCCUAACCCUGCCGACCGUUUGUACUACCGGUUCAUUGAAAAUGGCUGUGCUUUGGAUGAUACGGUCCAGUUUGAACAUCAAGCUCGUCUGAAGACCCGAUUCUCAAUUCAGUCCUUCGCUUUCCUCGGCCACUUCAUGAGCGAGUCGAUCUUCGUUCACUGUGAAAUACAGCUUCAGGAUAAUGCAAGCCUGCGUCACUGUCCUCUUUACAACAUUCCAACCAAUAGGAGACGUCGUUUCGCCGAUACGCACAGCCUAUCACAUGCGCUCUUCGGCACAGACGGACCAAUCAGAGUUGUUAAGGAGAAUGGUCGUGGAAAAUCGUCCUCCUUAAUAGAUAAUAAGAAUAAGACCCUAUCCCAGAGUCCUCUCGGCUCCAUCUAUGUCUCGGUGAGCGCCCUCAUCAUGUGCCUCGUCCUCGUAGCUCUUCUCGUUUCCAUGGUGACGGUGAUGCGAAGACUCAAGAUCCAGAAUCGGAGGUUGGGGAAGUUCGUGGGUCGCCCCGGCAUCUCACUAGAAUCCAUCACGGAACGUUAGAAAUGCCGGUUGAACAUAAGGCAACAGAUGUCGGCCAGAAGGAAGAUGGUCAGAAUAAUUUGUCAGUUUUAUGGAAAAAAAGGACACUUCGCCAAUGGUUAUAAUGUUCAUUUCGAGGUUUGAAAAUAGGGCAACGGAUGUAAGAAGAUGGUCAGAAGAAUUUUGUCAGUUUUAUGAAAAAAGGGACACUUUGUCAAUGACUAUAAUGUUCAUUUCGCGGUUUGAAAAUAGGGCAACAGAUGGUAGAAAAUGAUAUGAAGAAUAAAGUCAGUUUUAUGGAAAAAGGACACUUUGUCAAUAAUGGCUAUAAAUUCAUUUUAGCGAUGAGGUGACGAAUGUAGGCCCUACUCGAUUAAGACUUUUAUUUAUUCUGUUCGUUUUCUUAACA